AUGGACCUCCUAGUUCCCCAGCGGCUGGCCAGUUCUGAUCUACGAACAAGCGAGUCUUUUGACUGCGAGGAUGGAUUUGGCUACGGGCGCUUUCAGAAGAGGAUGCUCUUUCUUAUUUUUAUGGGCGCCUUUUCCGUUGAAUGCCAAACGCUCGUGGUGUCCCUCGUCACCGGCGACGUCGACCAUUGGUGCAAGCCGCCCAUCGACCUCAACAUCUCUGCCGCCGAUUGGAAGAACGUUGCCAUACCGAUAGAGGCUGACGGAAGCUUCAGCAGCUGUCGCGUCUACGAACGCUGCAAAACGCCCACCCAUCUCCGUGACUCUGACGACUACCAGAAGGACGACUCUGCGCCUGCUGAGACCGGUUGGUGGUACAACCGAUGCUUCAACGUGAGCGAACUCCAAGACGCGAACGACAAUCGCGAUGCGCUUUGCGAUGCUUGGGAUUACGACCCUAAUACGGCGGAGACGAGUGCCAUAAGCUCUUGGAACUUAGUGUGCGACCGGCGCUGGGCACCAGCAGGCCUUGUCACCCUGCAGAACAUCGGCGCCGUUGUUGCCCUUAUCGUGAUUGGAGCCUUCGUAGAUUACGUCAGCCGCAGUGCCGUGCUCCUAGGAUCUUACGCCGCGGUGGCGAUCUCCACCGUAUGUAGCUUCUCAGCGACAGAUUACGCUUUUUACGCCGUGGCGCGGUUUUCCGCCGGGGCCAGCGUCGCCGUGCACACAGUCUUUACCAUCCUAAUACCUUUCGAAUUUAUGACGCAUGCGCACAGGCCUCAGCAAGUCCUCUUCCUGGCCAUUCUAGGCCUGGUCUCGGGCGAAAUGUGGACUGUUGUCGUAAGGCUCGUGGCCGUCGACUGGCGCCUCAAACAGUUAAUCUUCCUCGCCCCCACAGCUCUUCUGCUGGCCGCCUUGGCCACCGCGCAAGAGUCACCCCGUUGGCUUAUAGCGAAAGGAAGGCUUGACGAGGCCGAGGCGGUCAUGAUGGAGGCUGCCAAGGCCAACAAAUUCCAGCUCGCGCUCACGGCCUGCCUUGUCGAGAAGCUCAGGGAACAUACGGACAACCGCGUCUAUCAGGAAUACGACAACAGAGAGGAAGACUUGCUGGACGCUCGCUCCCUGCGGCGACGAGCGUUGGUCAUGUGCGGCGUCUGUUUCUCCAUAUCUUUCGUAUUUCACGUAGGCGCACUGUCCACGGUGGAGUACAAUGAAUUCUGGAUCGUCUGUUUCACGGUUAUCGUGACGCUCUUGACGUACGUGGUGAUGCACUUUCUCAUCGCCGGCGUCACCCUGGUGAUGGUACUUAGCACUUGCUUCCUGCUGGCCGGCUGCAUACAGUGCGCACUGAGCGUCGCCGUCGGCACAGGACCGGGUAUGGCUACGAAGAUCCUGCUCGUACUCUCCAAGGGGGUCUCGGACGUGAUCCUCGUUCACUGUUUCACCUACGUCCUGGAGCUGUUUCCGUCGGCCGUGCGCGCCGGUGUCGCGUGCUGGGCCUUCGCCUGCGGACGUGUAGCGGCCAUAUGCGCGGUGGUGAUCCUCGUCCUGAGGCCCGUGGGACACGAAGACGUGUUCUUCGCCGUCACGGGUCUGGUGCUGUUCGUCACCCUGCUCUUCAUUCGGGCCCUGCCGCGAACGACGGUCGUGGAGGAAGCUAGGAUUGUGGCGAGGCGUGCUUCGGCCUCCAGCCGGAUAGCCAUGCAGCACAUGAAACGGACGCUGGAGCGUCGCACGCCGAACGACCUCUCAGCGGUUCACAGCAGAGACAGUUCCGUUUCAAUGAGCAGGAAGGGUCGUAGGAGUGUUGGAAACAUCAGUCCCCGCUCUUCUUACACAUCCCGGCGAUCUGGUAGUGCGCGUGCGCCACAGUAA